AUGGCCCACGUUGUCACGUUACCUACUUUCAAGCAGCCAGGAGACGUUUCGGCAUCGCAGGCUAGGGCCAUUGCAGAGCAAUGGGUGAAAGACUUUGAGAGCGCUCUUCAAAGUAAUAGUACAGACCAACUGGAAAAACUGUUCGUCAAAGAUGCUUGGAUGCGCGAUUUGCUCUCGUUUAGCUGGGACUUUCGCUGCCUCCAAGAUCGAGACAACAUCAUCAGCUACUUCCAAGACAACCAUAAUGCCGACAUCAGUGGCAUCCGUCUUCAAGAGAAUGGCGCUUUUCAGCCUGCCUUUUUAGCCCCAUGUCCUGGUAUACAAUGGAUUCAGAGCAUGUUCGAAUUUGAAUCGCGCCAUGGUCGUGGAAAGGGCGCGAUUCGAUUAGUGGUAGAUGGCGAGGAUGGCAGUGAAUGGAAAUGCUACUUGAUGCAUUUUAGACUCAAAGAAUUAAAAGGGCAUGAAGAAAAGAUUGGACUAAGACGCCCUGGAAGCUAUGAUGCAUCAGAGUACAACUGGCAGCAGCGACGAGAGAGGCAACACGAGUUUCUGGAUGAAGAGCCAACUGUUCUCAUCGUUGGCGCUGGUCAAUCUGGUCUUACAAUUGGAGCCAGACUCCAGCAGCUAGGCAUUCCGUCGUUAAUCAUUGAGCGGUUGGGCCGUGUUGGCGAUACUUGGCGUAACCGCUACAAGACGCUCUCGACACACGAUCCAGUCCACUACUGCCACUUGCCGUACAUUCCUUUCCCUUCACAUUGGCCCAUGUUCACACCCAAGGACAAACUUGCUGAUUGGCUGGAGUCAUAUGCCAGCUUGAUGGAGCUGAACGUUUGGUGCAGCACUGAGCUCCAGAGUUCAUCGUUUGAUGAAGCGACGAAAUCUUGGUCAGUUGUUGUCAAGCGAGCGGAUGGCUCAACCCGUGACCUGAAACCAAAGCAUGUUAUCCUUGCGACAGGAAGCUCGGGCGAAGCUCUCAUUCCGCAUUUCGAUGGCAUUGAGAAGUUUAAAGGGACUGUGUAUCAUGCCAGCAAGCACAAAGAUGCCUCAGAGCAUUCAGAUCUCUCGAAUAAGCGUGUGGUGGUCGUCGGCGCUGGGAAUUCGUCUCACGAUAUUUGCCAAAACUUCUAUAACACCGGCGCCAAAUCAGUUACUAUGCUUCAACGUGGCGGAACAUAUGUUUUGUCUGCGAAAAAAGGUCUCUUCAUGCUAUUCACAGGCACGUAUGAAGAAGGCGGGCCACCAAUUGAAGAAUGCGAUGUCAUGGGUCAAAGUAUGCCACUUCCUAUCACACUUGCAUUUUGCUCUCUCCUCACACAGGCCAUAAAAAACGUCGAAAAGGAUACCCAGGAGGGGCUAGCUAAGGCCGGAUUCCAGCUUGAUUACGGAGAAGGUGGUGGCGGUCUCUUCCGCAAAUAUCUUACUCUUGGAGGUGGCUAUUACAUCGAUGUCGGAUGCAGCCAGUUGAUCAUAGACGGAAAGGUCAAAGUGAAGUCGAAUCCAGGGGGUAUCAAAUCGUUCACCCCGGAUGGACUUCUUCUGGCAGAUGGAUCUGAGCUGAAAGCCGACAUUGUAGUUCUUGCAACGGGCUAUCAAACAAUGCGCAGUACGGCAAAGACUCUUUUCGGAGACAAAGUUGCUUCACGGCUAGGAAAAGGCUGGGGUAUAACUGAAGAAGGCGAAAUGGAUUCGAUUUGGCGAUAUAGCGGACAUCCGAACUUUUGGUUCAUGGGUGGCAACCUUGCUUUAUGCCGAGGAUUCUCACAGUUGCUAGCGUUGCAGAUUAAAGCAAGCGAACUAGGAAUUUACGAAACACCAGGAACCAAGAACAAGAGUAACGGCGUACGGAAUGGAGUGUAG